CUUCUCGCUGGCCGGAUCAAAUCGUGGUUCCUUACGUCUGCUGUUUCAUCCACUUGGGAGUCGUCUGAUUCAAUAUUUGCUGGACACAGACUAGAAAGCGGUGAAAUUCGAACUCUCUAGUUUGCAUAGUGAUGUCAUAGUUAGUAGAUGACGCAGACGCGAGCAUGUAUCUACUCCUCGAGUCAAAUGGAAGUUAAAAAAAAAAGAGGCGAACCAUUUUGUUGGAUAGUUAAUCUCACAAGAUUUGUUUUUUUAAAACUCUCGACGCCGCCUCGUAUCGUUCGACCACUAGACGAACGCGCAGAGGUCAAGGGUCAACUCGGCCAGACGAGAGUGAGUCACAUUGCAAGGAUUCGAUAAUAUAAACAAACGAGGGGAAAAAAAUAACAAUAUUAAACAAACAAAAGGGAUACCUACUACACAGAAGGCUACACACCACCAGACAACACAUCCCACUUCAGAGCUUCCGUGUAUUGUGAGCUGUGUAGAGCUAUUUUUUUAAAUUUUAUUUCGUUUCUUGCCCAUGUUAUAUUAAAAACACUUCUUCACGUGUUUAGUUUUUUGGCUGACCUAUCAAGGCUUACAGGCGUAGCAAAGGUCAGAGGGUAACAUAUUUUAAAUACUUCUGCUACCAAACAGAAUUUCUGGAAGGCUAUUAGGAUUAAAACACACAAAAAAAAAAUGAGAGAGAUUGUGCAUGUUCAGGUUGGUCAGUGUGGGAACCAAAUCGGCUCUAAGUUUUGGGAAUGUAUAUCUGACGAGCAUGGGAUCGACCCUUCUGGUAACUAUCAUGGAGAUGAUCCUCUUCAGUUGGAACGAAUCAAUGUGUAUUAUACAGAAGCCUCAGGUGGGAAAUACGUCCCGCGCUCCAUCCUCAUUGAUUUGGAACCAGGCACAAUGGACGCUGUCAGGUCUGGGCCCUUUGGCCAGCUCUUCCGGCCCGACAACUAUGUGUUUGGUCAGACUGGAGCUGGGAACAACUGGGCUAAAGGUCAUUACACAGAGGGUGCUGAACUUGUUGAUGCAGUCCUAGAUGUCAUUCGAAAGGAAGCAGAAAACUGUGAUCGCUUACAGGGUUUUCAAAUGGCUCACUCGCUGGGAGGUGGCACUGGCUCAGGUCUUGGUACACUGCUCAUCAGCAAAAUGAGGGAAGAGUACCCAGACAGGAUAUCAUCAUCUUUCUCUGUGGUUCCUUCACCCAAAGUUUCUGAUACAGUUGUUGAACCAUACAAUGCCACCCUGUCUGUACACCAGCUCAUUGAAAACACUGACCAAACAUACUGCAUCGACAAUGAGGCUCUGUAUGACAUAUGCUUCAGGACCCUUAAACUGACCAACCCAACAUAUGGUGACCUGAACCACCUGGUGUCUAUAACAAUGUCUGGAGUGACCACUUCCCUUCGUUUCCCUGGACAGCUGAAUGCAGACUUGCGCAAACUUGCGGUCAACAUGGUCCCAUUUCCCCGCCUUCACUUUUUCAUGCCAGGGUUUGCUCCCCUGACCUCCCGGGGAAGCUCGCAGUACCGCGCCCUGACUGUGCCGGAACUGACUCAGCAGAUGUUUGACGCUAACAACAUGAUGGCUGCUUGCAACCCCAAGCAGGGCCGAUACCUCACCGUGGCCGCAAUGUUCCGUGGCAAAAUAUCAAUGAAAGAAGUUGACGAACAGAUGCUAUACGUUCAGAAUAAGAACUCUGUCUAUUUUGUCGAGUGGAUUCCCAACAAUAUCAAGACUGCUGUGUGUGACAUACCGCCCAGGGGACUGAAGAUGUCGUCAACAUUUAUUGGAAACAACACAGCCAUUCAAGAGCUCUUUAAGCGCAUCUCUGAACAGUUCACAGCCAUGUUUCGUCGAAAGGCAUUCCUCCAUUGGUACACUGGUGAGGGCAUGGAUGAAAUGGAGUUUACUGAGGCCGAGUCCAACAUGAACGACCUUGUUUCUGAGUACCAACAGUAUCAGGAGGCUACUGCGGAUGAGAAAUUCCCUGAUGAGGACGCUGAUGAGAUAGAUGCAGACUCGUAAAUUUUCUCCUUAUGAAAUAACUCUUGUUGCCAAAACAAAAAAAGGGUUUUAUAAUGAUGCAUUAUAGUAUAAUUUCAUAAUGAUUUCAAAUAAAUGUUGCUUGUUGGUACUGCAUGUGUGCCUGCCAACUGCAGUGUCAUUAUUGCUAACUCAGUAUUACGCCCAUGUUGAUCAUUAUUGAUUAGUGAUAUUUUCUCUGGAUUUAGUACUAAAUGUUCCAUGCUUUUUAGAAGUACCGGUAUGUAUUCCUGAAUGUUAAUGAACAUUUUUUUUUCUGAGUGUGUGGUGUUGGAGCUUUAAAAAAAAAUCGAAUAAUUUACUUGUGAUAGAAAUCUUUAAAAGUUUAUACUUCAUGCAAAUGAUUCUUUGAGAUUCUUUGUUAGCAUGUGGAGUAAUGAAAGAGCAAUGUUAUUGUCAACUUAAAUUAACUAUGCAUUUUUUUUCUUUGUUGCUUGAACAUUUGUUGCUUUUUAAUGCUCAAAUCUGUAAGUGACUUAAAAACAUGAACACUUAUUUUUUGCAAACUUUAAUCCAACAUUAAAAGCAAAAGAACCA